AUGCAGGCUCCUCGAAAGAAUUUCAACACUCUGUCCACCCUAUCCCUUGCCACUUCGUUGAUGGCAACAUGGGAGGCACUGUGCAGUACCAUGGGUGCAGGUCUAGUCAGUGGCGGACCUGUCUCCCUCGUUUAUGGCUUCCUCGUCGCCGUUAUUGGUAACCUCGCAACAGCCAUUUCCUUGUCUGAACCGGCCUCCAUGUUCCCCGGAGCUGGAGGCCAAUACCAAUUCGUUGGCGAGCUGACCGGAUCUAAGCAUAAAGCCUUUUUGAGCUUUUACGCUGGUUGGAUCACCCUCCUCGGCUGGGUAUCUUUGACGGCAAGCGCACCGUAUGCGGCCGGGAACCUGAUUCAAGGCUUGAUCUCGUUGAACAAUCCAGACUAUCAACCUGAGCGAUACCGCACCACGUUGAUUUUCAUCGCCAUUCUGACGCUUUCCUUCUGCCUCAACCAAUGGGGAAGCAGGGUUUUACCCAUUCUCGAGAAUCUCAUUAUGUUCUUUCAUAUCCUAUUCUGGUUCAUUAUGAUCAUCGUCAUCGCUGUGAUUCCGCCAGACCGGAAUUCUGCUGCUUUUGUAUUCACGAAAUUCGAGAAUAACUCAGGUUGGGAGAACAAUGGUGUUGCGUGGUGCCUCGGAAUGUUGACCUCUGCAUACAUCUUAGUUGGUUAUGAUUCCGCAACUCAUAUUUCAGAAGAAAUUCAAAAUCCGCGUGUUGGGGUACCCCGUGCCAUGAUUGGUUCUAUUCUCAUCAAUGGAGUCAUGGGCUUUGGUAUUCUCAUCGGCGUCUUGUUCGGAAUGGGAGAUAUCGCAUCCGCUUUGGGUUCAUACACCGGCUUUCCCAUUAUUCAAAUCUUCUACCACAUGACCCGCGGUAAUGUCGCUGCUACCAGUGCCAUGACCAGCACUAUCAUUGUCUCUGCAUCAUUGGCGACUGUUGGUCUCAGUCUUGCCUCCAGCCGCACUCUGUGGGCGAUAGCCAGGGACAAAGGAACCCCAGCUUCCGGAUGGCUGUCUCAGAUCAAUACCAAGAGUCGUGUUCCCUCGAAUGCUUUGAUCCUAGUCACCGUUCUGUUGGCGCUGUUAGGUUUACUCAACAUUGCAUCGGUCGCGGCAUUUGGUGCGAUCUUGUCCCUCACAGUGGUUGCAUUGAACCUGUCAUACUUGUUCCCGGUGUUGGCAAUGCUGUACCGCCGCAUCAAAGCCCCGGAGAUGCUGAAUUGGGGUCCUUGGAGGGUUUCGAACACUGCUGGCAUGAUUGCCAACAUCAUUUCCAUUUGUUGGAUAGUCUUUGUCACCGUGUUUCUUCUCUUGCCCGCCACGAAACCUGUCACAGCGCUCAAUAUGAACUACGCCAGCGCCGUAUUUGGGGCUGUCAUCAUUUUUGCCACCGUUGAUUGGUUCCUGCGAGGACGCAAGCAUUAUCUUGGUCCCCUAAAGCAUGAAUAA